CUUGUAAGGACUAAGGGCGGCGGCAGCAGUGGCAGUCGUUAUAAAGUGACUGCUCGCUGUGUGCCGGAAGUAAACAUAACAUCGCCGAUAGAUGGUCGUUAUAAACAAUUACAAUUUCCCCCACUAACACCACAACAACAGUUACUACAAACAAAACCACCAACAACAUUAUUAUCAUCCACAGAACCAAAAAAACAACAAGAACAAGAACAAAAUCAAAAUCAUCAACAACAGCAACAGCAGUCCAAAAAAUAUUACAUCAAUAGUAACAAUAAUACGAGUACUAACAGCAACAAAAACAACAGCAAAAGAGCAACAUUAGUGGAGGAGGAGGACUUUAAUGAGUUGACAGCCGUGCCGACAACAACAAUUCUCAUAGCAACAAACGCAAAUACACCAACACCAAAUUCUACAAAAAUUAUUACAAAACAUUUGCCGCCUUUAAGGCUGACUACAGAGGAUUCGGCAGCAGCAACAACAACAAUUGUUGUACCGACAAAAAAUGUUCUUCUACGCCAACAAGCAACACAACAUUAUACAAAACCCACUACACCGACAACAACUGUUUCAUUUAAGGAAACAUCAACAGAAGAAGUAGAUUCAACAGCCGUUACAACGAAUCCAACAACUAAUUCAAUUGAAGAAAAUCCGCCAACAGAAUUCACACCUCUAGUAUCUGAAUUGGCAGAAACAAGCUUUCUACAAUCGACAAACACAAAUACGAAAAGUUCUCCUAAAAAAAAAACAACGAGUGCAAACGCCACUAAUACUGCAACUUCACCAAUUGUCAUAAGCACCUAUCAACCAGUUGCUACUGCGCACGCCGCCGCCCCAUCAACGACCACCACAUACAGUCACAAUUCAAAGACUACUCGCUCCUGGCCUGUGAUAUAUCGUAAUCCACAUCACUGUGACUACGAAGCAUUAUAUGUACAGGCUUCAACAAAACAGCAGCCAGUUCAGCACUCUUCUGCAACAUAUUACACUCCACCAGUAGCUACCACAAGUGUACCAUUCAAACAAAACUGCUACUCGAAUCAAUUUGCCCAAUCUAUUAUCUACUCAAGUAAUGAAGAUCUAGCAACAGCAAUCAAUGAUUACGGCGGUAGCUACGGUGGUGGUGGCGGCAGCAGCGGCAACAAUCAAACUCAAACAACCUGCUAUUAUUUUUCGCGAAACUCUUAUAACAGCAUUUAUGAACAUCCUUCAGCAGUGGUUGGUAGUACACUACAGUUCGAUCCAACCACAGCUGCGACGACAGCAGCUGCUGCAGCUGCAGUUGAGAGUCUAAGACGAAGUAAUAGCAAACUGCUGCGUAAUAGCAGUUGUACAAAAAUAAUGCAACAGACUGGUGGAGGCAUUGUUGAAACACCAACCUCAAUUACUUCUGCUAUGGACGGAGUCAGUGCUGUUGGCAGUUCAACAUGUUGUACUAGUUGUUGCAUGGGUCCACCACCGGUACUUUUUCUAUUCUUCACAUUGCUGAUGACUACCAGCGCUACAGCAAUGCUUUGCGCAGCAAUAAUGACUGAUCAUUGGGAGCAUGUCACGUGGGAUCGCGACAGCUUGGAUCGUUAUACAAAUCGAUCUGGGUUACAUUUAGAAUGGAUGCUGAACGAUAAAAUUGCAAUGCUUAAGGCAGAUAAAAGGGAUCAUCGUUUCCGACGUGAAUCGGUUUUUCUAGUGCCCAUGCAUGGAGGAAUUUGGACUUUGUGUAUUGACUUACCAUUGCCUGAACUGCAAGAAUUACGAAGAAAUCCAAAAUUUCCGCGUGGUGCACCGCCAUGUGUCAAUUACUUAGCAGGUUCAAUGGAAAAUGCCCGGGGAGAAGAACAACGUAACGAUUGGCAACAUAGUGAGUCACAGACUACAUUGCAGCCCCAUCUAAGAAUGCAAAAUCUCUCGAUUUCAUGCUCUUUGGUAUGCCUAAUUAUAUUGGGAAGCGCUGCAUUAGUCGGCGCCUUUGGCGUUUGCCAACGUCAAAUAAGUGCAAUACUUAUCACUGGAGUCAUGUAUUUAUUAGCCGCUCUUUUUGCACUUUUUACACUUAUGAUCAUACAUUUUAAACGACAACAAGGACGUCCUAUGCUUGACAGUGAUUAUGAUGGCACAGUGGAUGGAAUUGUAGCACGACCAGGAGGUGUCGCUAUAAUGGCAAAACCACUUCUGGGUGCUCGCAUUUUUUUAACAUCAUGGAGUUUGGACCUAGGUUGGGGUGGUGUUGUGUUAUGUGCCAUAACAUCAGUUCUAUGGAUAUUAUUAUCAAAAAUUAUGCGAUAUAAUCCGUUUUCGGCACUCAUGAUUUAGUAAAAUUUAAAAACAAAAAAGGGAAUAAUUAAAAUAAAA